AUGGGAAAGAAGAUUCGCAGCGCCGAUGGCACCUCGACGCCGGCCAGGUCCAUGAACCAGGCCGUGUCGCUCCGCGAGACCUCCGGGAGGACGCACGUAGACGAUGCCUCCCUGCUGAGGGUCAAGCACUUGCAGAGGCUAGCGGCGUGGGCGGGCGUGGCGGCCGGGGUGGGCCCGAUCGGCGCGCUGCUGGGGCGCCGCCUCGCCGCGAGCGCCGAGGCCGCCGGAGUACCCCCUCGACGCCGCCACUUUCCUUUGCCAGAGGUGACAUGA